AUGCCUCCCAAAAAAGCCUCCAGCACCAAGGCUGACGCAAAGCCUGCGAAAGCUGAAGCUGCCGCGAACAAAUCUUCCAAGAGAGUUGCGUCAAAGAAGGCUGAGUUCGCUUCGCCCAUUGCUGAACGCCCUAAGAAGGCUCCCGUGAAGUCUACCACGACCAAGACAUCCGAGAAGCCCGCGACCAAGAAAACAGAAUCUGCUGCCCCCGCGCGCGCACGCCCUAAGAAGAUGUCCCCUGGAACCACAACAGUCGCGUCGCGCAAGCGCAAGGCCGAGUCCGUCGAGGCUGAACCCUCCCUGCCUAAAAAGCCACGCGUCAUCGCAACUCCGAAAAUUAAGGCUGUCAAGGCCAAGGUCGUCAUCAACGAGGCUCCUAAGGUCCGCUUGAACGUGUUUGUUUGUGGCGAGGGAAGCUCCGGUGAGCUUGGCUUGGGCGCCGCCAAGAACGUCAUUGAUGUGAAGCGCCCACGUCUCAAUCAGCUCCUUGCUGCCGAUAAAGUUGGCGUUGUUCAGGUUGCUGUCGGUGGUAUGCACUGCGUUGCCCUUACUCACGACAACAAGAUCUUCACCUGGGGUGUUAACGACCAAGGUGCACUGGGAAGAGAGACUUCUUGGGACGGCGGACUGAAGGAUGUCGAUGCAGACUCUGACUCUGAUGAUGAUGAUGAUGACAGUGGCUUGAACCCCAUCGAGUCUACACCAACUGCCAUCCCCUCCACUUCUUUCCCUGAAGGUACGGUAUUCGUCCAAGUCGCGGCCGCUGACAGCGCAAGCUUUGCUCUGACCGAUGAUGGCAAGGUUUACGGAUGGGGCACCUUUCGAAGCAACGACGGAAUUCUCGGCUUUGACGAAUCUCACCGCGUGCAGAACACCCCUCUGCUAAUUUCGGACCUUAAGAAGAUCAAGCAACUCGUUUGUGGCGCCAACCACGUUCUUGCCCUGGACCACAAGGGUGCCGUUUUUUCUUGGGGUUCCGGCCAGCAGAACCAGCUCGGGCGUCGUAUCGUCGAGCGCACCAAGAUGCACGGUCUUCAGCCCCGUCCCUUUGGUCUGCCCAAGAAUAUCGUCCACAUUGGCAGUGGUUCAUAUCACUCCUUUGCCAUUCAGGCAUCUGGUAAGGUUUAUGCAUGGGGCUUGAACAGCUUUGGUGCUACCGCUCUUCGCGAGGGAGCUGGCGAUGACGGGGCUGCUGUCGUUAAGCCUUUGCUCGUAGAGUCUCUGACAGGCCGGGACAUUGUCCAGAUCUCUGGUGGCUCGCACCACUCAAUUGCCUGCACUUCUAAGGGCGAAUGCCUUGUUUGGGGUCGCUUAGAUGGCUUCCAGAGCGGCUUGAAAAUUGACACUCUACCCGAUGAGUCUGUCAUCAAAGAUCCGCGAGGUCACCCCCGUAUUUUGAUCGAGCCCACCCAAGUGCCUGGAAUUGCUGCUAAGUUCGUCGCCGCAAGCUCAGAUCACUCUCUCGCUAUCGAUGCUGAUGGCCGUGCAUGGUCCUGGGGGUUCUCGGCUACAUACCAGACUGGACAAGGCACACAGGAUGACAUUGAAGUGGCUACCGUGAUCGACAACACUGCCACUCGCGGCAAGAAGCUAAACUGGGCUGGUGCCGGUGGCCAGUUCUCGGUCUUUACCGAGCCCGCCAGCGUCUAA